UAAAUAAAGGGGAAAGGGUGCCAAGAGGAGGCUUGAAGAGGGCUCUGGAGCAACCGACUCCUCUCUCCUUUUCCUCUUAGCUCCAAGCUUCCUUCUUCCAACCAUUUCACCUUUACCUGUUUACCAACCAAAGCGAUCCGAACUGAACCUGGAAGAAGAGAAGCGAAGCAUGGUGGUAACCUCUUUCUCCUCCUCGUCUUCUUCUUCGUGUGCUUCUUUUGGUUCCUUUGACGAUGUCUCUGUCAAGCCCGUUGCCGCCGGGGGCACCAUCAAGUUCCUCUGCAGCUAUGGCGGCAAGAUCCUCCCCCGUUACCCCGACGGCAAGCUCCGCUAUGUUGGUGGCCACACCCGUGUCCUCGCCGUCGACCGCUCCCUUCCCUUCUCCGAGCUACAGGGGAAGCUGGAGGAGAUGUGCGGGUGGGGAGCGGUCAGUCUUCGCUGCCAGCUGCCGACGGAGGACCUCGACGCCCUCGUCUCCGUCACCUCCGACGAGGACCUCGCCAACCUCCUCGAGGAGUACGACCUCGCCAGCCGCGACCGUGCUGAUCCCUUAAAGAUCCGGGC